GCGCACCUCGCUCAUGCGCCCUCGGAGCCGUUCUACGCACCGCCUCCCUCCCUCCCGCCCCCAACCUGCCCGCGGCCGGGAGGGCGGCCGGGCUGCGGUCGGAGGUGCGUGUUGCCCGCCGCAUCUUCCUCUGGGCCCCGCCGCCCUGACCGCCGGAGCUCACGGGGCUCGGCCGGCCGCCCUCGCCGUUGUGCCCUCCCCGGUGCUCGGCGCGCCCCGGCCCGGCCCGGCUCACCCCGCCAGCGUGUGCCCCGUCAGGCCGCGGCUGCUCCGCAUCUUCCCCCGGUGCUGCCGGCGAGCGGGCAGCGCUGGCGGCUCCCGACCCGCGCUCCGCCGGCAUCCGGGUGCUCCCCGUGCCCCGGGGAGCGGCGCCGCGCUCGGCGGCGGCUGCUGCUCGCAGGCGGCGGGGUCCGGCCGCCCCUCCCGCCCCUCCCGCCCCGCCGCGUUCUCGCCGCGCCCGCGGAGCUCCCCGGCGGCCCGCAGCAUGUCGGCCGUGCGCAGGAAGUUCGGGGACGAGUACCAGGCCGUGGGCCCCGCUCGCUGCAGCGCCCGCAGGGAGCGGCAGCGCUUCGUGGACAAGAACGGGCGCUGCAACGUGCAGCACGGGAACCUGGGCGGCGAGAGCAGCCGCUACCUCUCCGACCUCUUCACCACGCUGGUGGACCUCAAGUGGCGCUGGAACCUGCUCAUUUUCCUGCUGACCUACACGGUGGCCUGGCUGGUCAUGGCCUCGAUGUGGUGGGGCAUCGCCUACCUGCGGGGUGACCUGCACCAGGCGCACGAUGACACCUACAGCCCGUGCGUGGCCAACGUGUACAACUUCCCCUCCGCCUUCCUCUUCUUCAUAGAGACCGAGGCCACCAUCGGUUACGGGCACCGCUACAUCACCGAGCGCUGCCCCGAAGGCAUCGUGCUUUUCCUCUUCCAGUCGCUGCUGGGCUCCGUGGUCGACGCGUUCCUCAUCGGCUGCAUGUUCAUCAAGAUGUCCCAGCCCAAGAAGCGAGCCGAGACGCUCAUGUUCAGCCGUGCCGCGGUCAUCUCUCAGCGGGACGGGAGGCUCUGCCUCAUGUUUCGCGUCGGCAACCUCCGCAACAGCCACAUGGUGUCUGCCCAGAUCCGCUGCAAGCUGAUCAAGUCCAGACAGACACCGGAGGGAGAGUUUCUGCCGCUAGACCAGUGUGAGCUGGAUGUUGGAUUUGGAACUGGAGCCGACCAGCUGUUUUUAGUUUCCCCUUUAACCAUCUGUCAUGAAAUUACCUCAGAGAGCCCCUUUUUUUGUCUCUCACAAAGAUCCCUAAGAAGCGAGCAGUUUGAAAUAGUUGUCAUCCUCGAAGGAAUCGUUGAGACUACGGGAAUGACAUGUCAAGCUAGGACCUCGUAUACAGAAGAUGAAGUCCUUUGGGGUCACAGGUUCCUCCCUGUAAUGUCUCUGGAAAAUGGUUUUUUCCGUGUCGAUUAUUCUCAGUUUCAUGCUACAUUUGAAGUCCCCACUCCUCCUUACAGUGUUAAAGAGCAAGAGGAAAAGCUGUCCCUGUCCUCUCCUUUCAAUAGUCCCGUCGAUAAUAACAAAACCAGAGGAGAACAGGUUUGUCCACUUGACUGUGUUGAUAUUGCAGGAGAGAAGGACAAGCUCCCUUUUAAACUUCAGAAGAUUAGCUCAGGAAAGGAAAGCCUUCCACAAAGAGCCCUGAGAAUGAGUUCCAGUAACACAGAGAAGACUUUCAGUACCGGAGAUCUCUUGAAAAUUCAAGAAAUAAGUCCCAGCUCUGAGGGUGAAGAUGGUGAUGACAGGAUGCAGCUGAAAGCCUCAAAAAUAAGUGCUUUGACUCAGUCUGCCAGUGAUCUCGAGUUACACAGGAUCUCUCCAAGUACGGGUGCUCUGGAGGUGAAACUGGAAGAUAAUUUACCUGCCAAACUUUGAAAAAUGAACUCUGAUCGCCUCUCUUAAGAGCUGAAGAAACAGGAGUUGCUGCUGAUAAACUGUGUUUGAGACUGCUGACCUGAAAGAGUUGUUUUACAGUAAAGUCAUAAUUUGGUUUUGCCACUUUCAGGAAGAAUGAUCCUUUUUGCAUAACUGUUCUGUACAGAUCCAGUUUAGGUAGCAUAACAGGACUUUGAGGGGCAGUAAGAUUAAACUGUUGUGCCAAAGAGAUCCCUGCCCUAGUGAUGUUUAUCAGCAUGCUCAUUGCAAAUCUACAUUGUCUUCCAUGUAUGCAGAUGCUUUUUCAUGAAGCAAGGACCAGAUCCUUAAGU